AUAAGAGAUUAUAAUUUAGUAUUUACUCAGUAUAUUAGAAUUUGCAUAUUCACUUCUAAAUUGUUUCAUUAUUUAAUUUUUUACUUUAAUGCAUUUUAUUUGAUUAAUAACGAUUUAAUUGUAAAAUCAUGGGGGUAUUCUCUAGCCGCCAAAACGCUAGAGAAGAAGAAGUUGACAGUAUUUCUAAUAACGUAUACAAAUAUCCUCCCAAGUCUGGGAACUAUUUUAGUACUCAUUUUAUAAUGGGAGGUGAAAAAUUUGACACACCUCAACCCGAAGCAUAUUUAUUUGGCGAAAAUAUGGAUUUAAACUUUUUUAGUAAAUGCCCUUCUACAUUUCCUUAUCCCCCUCCUGAAGCUGGUGAACCUACCAAACCUUUAAAAAGUUUAGUAAAUAUAAGGAAAGAAUCAUUACGCUUUGUUAAAACUGAAGAGGGAAAAUCUGUAUUUAACAUUGAAUUCAUAUUUGAUUGUGAUGCACCUUGUUCAAUCACUAUAUAUUAUUUUUGUACUGAAGAAUUUACCCCAAGUGGAGUAUCAUUUAGUUGUCGUGAUCCAUCAAUGACUUCCGAGGUGUACCAUUAUAAAAGAGGGUCAAAUCAACAAUUUUAUCAACCAUUACAUUUAUUUAAUCCAAGUCUAUACAAUAAUGAAGAUCUUAUUUAUAUGUUUAAUAAAGAAGUAAUACCAAUUGCUAUACAUUGUGUUGCUCAUGAUACUUCUGAAGAAACACGUCAAUCUCAUACCACAAUUGCAGUUGUUGAACAGUAUUCAGAUGGUUCAUACAUUUUAAAAGCUUUAAAACAAAAGUUAUUUGUAGAUGGAUUAUGUUAUUUAUUACAAGAAAUUUAUGGUAUUGAAAACAAAUCUACUGAAUUAAAAGAUACUGGUGAUGAAGAACUAGAAGAUGGUAGUUCAGAGUGUGUCAUUUGCAUGAGUGAUAUGCGAGAUACAUUAAUUUUACCUUGUCGUCAUUUAUGUUUAUGUCAAUCAUGUGCAGAUUCUUUACGAUAUCAAGCAAACAAUUGUCCGAUUUGCCGUGUUCCGUUUCGAGCAUUAUUACAAAUUAAAGCACUACAAAAAACUUUAGAUAAUAAUCAUCGAAUUGAUUUGCGUACUCCAUAUGGUUAUGAAACAGUUCCAUUAAUUGAAGCUCUUAACGGUCCAAAUUAUCAAAAAUAUAGUAACACUUCUAAAACUAUUGGCGAUCCAUUGUUAGAAUCAUCACCUGAUAGUCAGUGUACUGGUAUAAACAUAUGUACUUCCAAAUUGAGUUUAGACCGUUUGUCAAGAAAAAAAUCAUGCAGUAUAGAUUCACAUAAUGAAUCAUUUAGCCAGAGUGAUAAUUCAGUUAGUUCAAAUGUAACCAACAAUGAAAAAUCCCUAAAAGGAUCUAUCAAAGAUGAUAGUCAACUUAAACUUUCGAUUAAAUGUAAAGACAAUGUCAAAGUUAUUAAUGAAAAAGGAAAUUUAGAAGAAGAGACGCCAGAUGAAGAUAGUGAAGCAGAAAAAAUGUCUCCAUUACUUGAUUCUGACAAUACUGUUAACAAAACAUUAGAACAACCAUAUGUUCCUGUGGUUGAAAAAAAAGGAAUUAAUGUAAUAUUAAAUCAUGGCGCUGAAGAUGCUGAUUGCUACGGAGAAUGUGUGUCUCAUAUACUAUCCACUCAUCAAAAAGAAAAACCACAAUUAUCAGUUUCUCAGGAAAAAGUAUCAUUACCAGGAACUCCAAUGAGUACAGUAAGUCAACGAUCAAGUGGAGAGAGCUAUACAUCAGUAGGUUCAUCUCGUUUAUUAUUAGCUGCUUAUGAAAAAACUACUCCAGUUUAAUGUGACUUUUAUUUUUAAAUUUUACGUUUUUUCUAUAAUUUAAUAUUUUUUUCUCUAAGUUAAAUAAAUAUUUUUGAAAUUACAACUUUUUUAGAAUUAUUAUUUUUUAAAAACCAUUAUAUAUGUGGUUUUUACAAUUUCAGUUAAACAAACUUUAGUUAAUAUAAUUUAUAUUUUAACAGAUUAAUACAAACAAUAGAUUAGACUUUUUUGAAACAUUUUUAAAAAAAUUAUAAACUUUUUAUUGAUUUAUGGGUUUUGGAAUAA